CGAAACUAGCCUCUAGGACGCAGCAAGAUAGCCACACCAGCCAUGGCUGCUCAAGACGAGCAGCCGCUGCACAUCCUCUUCUUCCCGUUCCUAGCCCCGGGCCACCUCAUUCCAACCACCGACAUGGCCGUGCUCUUCGCCGCCCGCGGCGUCAGGUGCACCAUCCUCACCACGCCGGUCAACGCCGCCAUCAUCCGCUCGGCCGUCGACCGCGCCAACGACGGCUUCGCCGGCACCAGCAGCUCCCUCGCGAUCGACAUCUCCGUCGUGCCUUUCCCUGACGUCGGGCUGCCGCCGGGCCUCGAGAACUUCUCGGCCCUCACGUCCCAGGACGAACGCGACAGGUUCUUCCGAGCGCUGCCGCUGUUCCGGGAGCCCUUCGGCCGGCUCCUGGCCGACACCCGCCCGGACGCCGUCGUGUCCGACAGCUUCUUCCACUGGUCCGCGGACGCCGCCGCGGAGCACGGCGUCCCGCGCAUCGCGUUCCUCGGCAGCAGCAUGUUCUCGCGCUCCUGCAGCGACAGCAUGCUGCGCCACAACCCGCUGGCGGCCGCCCCCGACGACGACCCCGACGCCCUCGUCUCCCUGCCGGGGCUGCCGCACCGCGUCGAGAUGAGGCGGAGCCAGAUGAUGGACCCGGCGAGGGCGUCGCACUGGGCCUUCUUCGAGAACGUGAACGCCGCGGACCAAAGGAGCUUCGGCGAGGUGUUCAACAGCUUCCAGGAGCUGGAGCCGGACUACGUGGAGCACUACCGCGCCACGCUCGGCCGCCGCGCGUGGCUCGUCGGGCCCGUGGCGCUCGCCAGCCAGGACAACAUGGCCGGGCGAGGCGCCAGCGCGCCCUCGCCGGACGCGGACGUCUGCCUCGAGUGGCUGGACGCGAAGCCGGCCGGCUCGGUGGUGUACGUCUCCUUCGGCACGCUGGCCAGCUUCUCGCCGGCGGAGCUGCACCAGCUCGCCCGCGGCCUCGACCUCUCAGGCACGAAUUUUCUGUGGGCGAUGGGCGGAGCGGACACUUCGCCGGAGAAGUGGAUGCCGGAAGGCUUCGCGCAGCUGGUGGCACCACGCGGCGGCGGCCGCGGGUUCAUCUUGCGGGGCUGGGCGCCGCAGCUGCUCAUCCUGAACCACCCCGCCCUCGGCGGCUUCGUGACGCACUGCGGCUGGAACUCGGUGCUGGAGGCCGUGAGCGCCGGCGUGCCAAUGGUCACGUGGCCGCGGCACGUGGACCAGUUCAACAACGAGAUGCUCAUCGUGGAGCUGCUGGAGGUGGGUGUCAGCGUCGGUGCCAAGGACUACGGGUCGUCCCUCGAUGCCCACGAGGUGGUCGCCGGCGAGGUGAUCGCCGGAUCCAUCGGGAGGUUGAUGGAGAGCGACGCCAUACAGAAGAACGCCAAGGACCUCGCUGUGAAGGCAAGGAGCGCCGUGGAGACGGGCGGGUCUUCGUACGACGCCGUUGGCUGGCUGAUGGACGAGUUGACGGCUCGCCGGAGGUCCGUCAAUGUUAAACAAGCUGGCUGAUCGAUAUUGAGUUAUUGACCACAUGGCUCGUUUCACUUUUCUGUUUUUUUUUUCUUUUUCUUUAGAGGGAGCACAUGAGUUGGCUUUUGGCUGAUCAAUCACAAUGUGAGCAAUUUGUUAUUGUAAAGUUUAAAAGUGAUUUGCCAGAAGUAGUUGAUUCUCAUUGAUUGAGCACUAUAUAUACAGGGAGCAGUUACAAUUCUGUGAGAGCAUUUCUAACCGCAACAUGCGGUUGCCAAUGCGUGAGACAAAACAGCAACUGCACAUAGCAGUUGUUAAGAUGAGAGAGGAAGUACAACUGCUCAUAGCAGUUAGAGAGUACAAGGUCGGUUCCUAUGUCGGUUCCUUAAUUAGCAUUUGUUAAUUAGUAAAUUAACAAAUACUCUAAUUCUAUUCCUAACACUCCCCCUUGGAUCACGCAUCUUCUAGAAGAAUCCAUCAUCUAGUGCUUCGUGUAUAUUUCAUCAUCUAGUGCUUCUUGUAUAAUCGUCAUCCAACUUGAGAAUCAUUUUAGCAAUUUAAGAACCUCCCCCAAAAAACCCUGUGGGAAAAAUAUGAGGAGUAAUAGAUACACCAUUGAAAACUCCUUUUAAAACCCUGUGGAAAAAAUAUAAGGAGAAAACGAUAUGGUAUAAUUUAUAUUGCCUCAUUAAAAACCUUUUAUGAGAAAACCGAUGUAAAAACUCAUAAGGAAAAGAGUACAAUAAUUAUUAUCUGAUGAUAACUAACGGGUCAUAAUUCUAGGAGUUUUCUCCCCCUGAAAUUUGCAAAUCCCGAAAGCGUCUCAUACCAAUUCCAUGAAUACAUUUCUAGAAUGUUGAAUUUGGUAAAGACUUUGUGAACAAAUCUGCUAGAUUAUCACAUGAUUUGGUUUGCAAAAUAUCAAUUUCUCCAUCUUUCUGUAAUGAAUGUGGAAAGAACAAUUUAGGAGAAAUAUGUUUUGUAAUAUUACUUUUAAUAUAACCCAUUUGCAUUUGAGCAAUGCAAGCUGCAUUAUCUUCAUAAAUAAUAGUUGGUGAUCCUAAUGAACCAAUACCACACGAAGUUUGAAUGUGGUUAAUCAUCCUGCGAAGCCAUACACAUUCCUUUGAUGCUUCAAAUAAUGCAAUUAUUUCAGAAUGAUUAGUGGAAGUUGCUACGAGAGUCUGUUUUUGUGACUUCCAUGAAAAAGCAGUUCCACCAUAUAAGA